CACAAGCUUUUGUAUUUUUCUCUUGCAAAUAGACUCAAGCCUUUCUUACAUUAAAGUACUAGCAUCUCUGAGUACUAUUGUUUCUUUGUACUGAGGGUUUUAAGCAAUGAGUUCUCCAGAGAAGAAUGAGUUAGGGAAAGAAGUAACGAGAAGGAAGGAAAAAGUUUCCGUAGCCGUGCUUUUCAGGUAUGCUGAUUGGGUUGACAUUUUGUUGAUGUUUUUGGGUACGAUGGGUGCUAUUGGGGAUGGCAUGUCUACAAACUGCUUGCUUGUCUUCGCUAGCCGUAUCAUGAACAGCUUGGGUUAUGGAAAGACACAACAAAAUCGUGGGAAGUUCAUGGAUGAGGUUGAAAUGUGCAGUUUAUCCUUCGUAUACUUGGGAUUAGCAGUAAUGGUGGUGGCUUUUAUGGAAGGUUAUUGUUGGAGUAAAACAAGUGAGCGACAGGUGCGGAAAAUUCGUUACAAGUACUUGGAAGCUGUUCUCAGACAAGAAGUUGGGUUUUUUGAUUCACAAGAAGCAACUACUUCAGAGAUCAUUAAUAGCAUAUCAAAAGAUACUUCUCUCAUACAAGAAGUUCUUAGUGAAAAGGUGCCCAUAUUUUUGAUGCACUCGUCAGUGUUCUUGUCAGGCCUUGGAUUCGCCACUUACUUCUCUUGGAGGCUGUCUUUAGUAGCUUUCCCAGCUUUACUCUUGCUUAUUAUACCUGGAUUGAUUUAUGGAAAAUAUCUUCUCUAUUUGUCCAAGAAGUCUUACAAGGAAUACAGUAAAGCAAACGCCAUUAUUGAGCAGGCUCUAAGCUCAAUUAAAACAGUUUAUUCAUUCACUGCUGAAAGGAUAAUUGUGGAAAAAUAUUCGUCAACAUUGGAUAAAACCACAAGGCUGGGAAUGAAGCAAGGCAUUGCGAAAGGACUUGCGGUUGGAAGUACAGGUCUUUCUUUCACAAUAUGGGCUUUCCUAGCUUGGUAUGGAAGUCGUUUGGUUAUGUACAAAGGUGAAAGUGGAGGAAGGAUCUAUGCGGCUGGAAUUUCCUUCAUAUUAAGUGGACUAUCUCUUGGCAUGGCACUUCCAGAUUUGAAGUACUUUACAGAAGCCUCAGUAGCUGCUACACGAAUAUUUGAUAGGAUUAAUCGGGUACCUUUAAUUGACGGUGAAGAUACAAAAGGAGUUGUAUUGGAUAAAAUUAGAGGAGAGCUAGAAUUCGAGCAUGUCAAAUUCACAUACCCUUCUCGUCCAGAUUCGGUUGUUCUCAAAGAUUUCAAUCUUAAAGUUGAAGCUGGGAAAACUGUUGCUCUUGUUGGUGCCAGCGGAAGUGGCAAAUCCACAGCAAUUGCAUUAGUGCAAAGGUUUUAUGAUGCAGAUGAGGGAGAAGUGCGACUUGAUGGGGUGGAUAUAAAGUCACUACAGUUGAAAUGGAUAAGAGGGAAAAUGGGGCUUGUUAGUCAAGAACAUGCACUCUUCGGGACAUCAAUAAAGGAAAACAUAAUGUUUGGGAAGCUUGAUGCUACCAUGGAAGAAGUCACGGCUGCAGCAAUGCUUGCAAAUGCUCAUAACUUCAUUAGGCAGCUUCCUGAAGGAUAUGAGACCAAGGUCGGUGAAAGAGGAGCUUUAUUAUCAGGUGGACAGAAGCAGCGCAUUGCUAUUGCCAGAGCCAUCAUCAAGAACCCUGCCAUUCUCCUGCUUGAUGAAGCAACAAGUGCUCUUGACUCCGAAUCAGAAUCAUUGGUCCAAAAUGCACUUGAUCAAGCUUCUAUGGGAAGAACCACCCUGGUGGUUGCCCACAAACUCUCUACGGUUCGAAAUGCAGACCUCAUUGCUGUCGUUGGUGGGGGUUGCAUAAUUGAAAUAGGUUCACAUAACGACCUCAUCAAUCGACAAAAUGGUCACUAUGCGAAACUGGCAAAACUACAGAGACAGUUCAGUUGCGAUGACCAAGAACAAAGCUCCGAAGUUCGUGUUUCUUCAGUUGCAAGAAGCAGUGCUAGUCGGCUUAGCACUGCUAGAUCAAGCCCGUUAGUGUUCCCAAAAUCACCACUGAGUGUCGAUGACCCUCCUCCCAUAUCUCACCCCCCACCUUCCUUUUUCCGGCUUCUCUCUUUGAAUGCUUCAGAAUGGAAGCAUGGUCUUAUUGGAAGUCUUUCAGCUAUAGCUUUCGGGGCCGUCCAACCUGUCUAUGCCCUUACCAUAGGAGGCAUGAUAGCGGCAUUCUUUGCACAAAGCCACGAAGAAAUGCGUGCUAGAAUCCGUACAUAUUCCCUAAUUCUCUCUUCACUAACCUUGGUUUCUCUCACAAUGAACCUCUUGCAGCACUAUAAUUUCGCUUACAUGGGAGAGAAGCUGACAAAGAGAAUCCGAUUAAGAAUGCUCGAGCAGAUAUUGAGUUUUGAAACAGCUUGGUUUGAUGAAGAUCAGAAUACUAGCGGGGCCUUAUGUUCGAGAUUAAGCAACGAGGCUUCCAUGGUUAAAUCUCUUGUCGCAGACAGAGUUUCUCUAAUAGUCCAAACCACUUCCGCCGUAUCCAUUGCAAUGAUCAUGGGGCUAGUUGUGGCUUGGAAGCUAGCACUCGUCAUGAUUGCAGUUCAACCUCUCACAAUUCUAUGCUUUUAUACGCGUAAAGUUUUACUCUCCAGCAUCUCAACUAACUUUGUCAAGGCACAAAACCAAAGUACUCAAAUUGCAGUGGAAGCAGUCUACAAUCAUAGAAUUGUGACUUCGUUUGGAAGCAUGGGGAAGGUUCUUCAAUUGUUUGAAGAAGCUCAAGAGGAGCCCAGGAAGGAAGCCCAAAAGAAGUCAUGGCUAGCUGGGAUUGGCAUAGGGUCGGCUCAGUGCUUGACAUUCAUGUCAUGGGCUCUGGAUUUUUGGUAUGGAGGUACACUUGUGGAACAGGGGGUCAUAUCUGCCGGGGACGUGUUCAAGACAUUUUUCAUAUUGGUGAGCACCGGAAAAGUCAUAGCAGAAGCUGGGAGCAUGACUUCUGACUUAGCAAAGGGUGCUGCUGCGGUUGCAUCCGUGUUCAAGAUUCUUGACCGCCAGUCUCUCAUUCAAGGGUCCUAUUUUAAUGACGGGGGUGACAGUCGUGGAACUAAAUUAGAGAAAAUAAGUGGAAGGAUAGAGAUGAAGAAGGUUGAUUUUGCAUACCCAAGCCGUCCUGAGUGCUUAGUGUUGCGUCAAUUCUGUCUAGAGGUGAAACCGGGCAUGAGUGUUGGACUUGUUGGGAGAAGUGGGUGUGGCAAAUCAACAGUAAUCGGAUUGAUCCAGAGGUUCUAUGAUGUUGAGAGGGGGUCAGUGAAAGUGGAUGGGGUGGACAUAAGGGAACUAGAUAUUCACUGGUACCGGAGGCACACUGCACUAGUUAGCCAAGAGCCAGUCAUAUAUUCUGGCACCAUUCGUGACAACAUUGUAUUUGGGAAGCUCGAUGCACCGGAGAAUGAAGUGGUGGAGGCUGCCAGAGCUGCCAAUGCUCAUGAGUUUAUCUCAUCACUGAAAGAUGGGUAUGAGACUGAAUGUGGAGAAAGAGGAGUGCAAUUGUCAGGAGGGCAAAAGCAAAGAAUAGCAAUAGCAAGAGCUAUAAUUCGGAACCCAAUUGUUCUGCUACUAGAUGAGGCAACAAGUGCUCUAGACGUGCAAUCUGAGCAAGUUGUUCAAGAAGCAUUGGAUAGAAUCAUGGUAGGGAGGACAACAAUUGUGGUGGCACAUAGGCUUAACACCAUCAAAAAGCUCGAUUCGAUCACGGUUGUAGCGGAUGGGAAAGUGUUGGAGCAAGGAACCUACGCUCAACUAAAGAGCAAGCGUGGUGCCUUCUUUAGUCUCGCCAGCCUUCAAAAUUUGGAUCCAACCUGCACUUGAAAAACAUGGUGUAGUAAUGUAUUUUAUUAGUGCAUGCAGCAUACAGCUUCAAGGGUAAGGCAAUGGCAUGCACCCAUGUAGCUUAAGCAUGCCUGUUGACUUUUGGGUGGGAAAUCUAGCCUUAAGUGCACCAGUAAUCUCUCAAUGCCCAAUGUACGUAUCAUAUGGCUAGAUACAGCCAAUUUUAUGGUAGCAUGCUAAGAGGCUAUGGUACAGACCAACCUCACCAAAUAACAAAUUCCAGCUUAAGCUAGAGUUUGUAAAAUUGUUCAUGGAUGUAUCCUUUUUUUUAGGAUGGUAAAAAUAAAUAAAAUAAUUAUCUGAACUCAA